GUACAGUAAUGUGAUUGAAAAAAAGACUCGCUGCUGGGAUCGCUAUCCUUCAUGUUGUCACGCUGUUUUUCACAGCAGGAGCUUGUAGUCUGUUCUUGGUCUGUUCUAUGUUUAUAAGUAUAGUUUAUACGUUUCUAUGUACAUUGUCUUCGUUGCUAAGGAAAACUUGACGGAUACUGUGUCAAACAUAUAUAACUUUGACAGUUUAUUUCGGAUAUUACUUUCCAUAAUAAAAUAUGAAACUUUUCUUAUAACAAUAGCUCAAUGCGUCGCAUUCUGUGAAAAAUUGUCACUGACUCGUUAAAGACAUAAAUUAGCAAUGUUUGUAUAUUUGAGUAAGAAAAUCUCCAUACCAAACAACUUUCGAUUAAACUGCAUAGCAUGGAAUCAAAGAGAUGGAUACAUUGCUGUGGGAGGAGAAGAUGGUCUUUUGAAGGUGUUACGAGUAGAUUCCAAUGUCAAUGGAUCGCACAGUGGAGGGAAAUCUCGAGGCUUGGCUGCAGCGAGUAAUUUAAGUAUGAAUCAGCCUCUAGAAGGCCAUAAUGGUCAUGUUCAAGUGGUUACAUGGAAUGAAGAGUAUCAGAAACUGACCUCAAGUGAUCAAAAUGGAGUUAUAAUUGUUUGGAUGCUGUACAAAGGAUCAUGGUAUGAAGAAAUGAUAAACAAUCGCAACAAGUCUGUAGUAACAGGAAUGGCAUGGAGUUGCGAUGGUCAAAAGAUAUGUAUAGUCUAUGAAGAUGGAGCUGUGAUUGUUGGUUCUGUUGAUGGUAAUAGGAUUUGGGGUAAAGAAUUGAAGAAUGUAUCUCUCUCUGCUGUACAAUGGUCUCCAGAUGGAAAAUUGCUUCUAUUUGGUUUAAAAAACGGAGAACUUCAUCUCUACAAUAAUCAAGGUGUAUUCCUAACAAAACUAAGUAUACCUUCAUUAAAUACUUCUCAGUUUCAGAUCAUAGUGGCAUUACAAUGGUACGAUGGAAAAAAUGGUUAUGUUGCCAUAGAUUGUCCUACUCUUGCUAUCUGCUAUCGCAAUGGUAUGAUACAAUUAAUGCGAGAUACCAAUGACGAUAACCCAAUUAUGAUGGAGACUGGAGUGACUGCUUCAUGGUGCAGUUGGAACAGUUGCGGAUCUUUUUUGGCAGUAACAGGCAUGAUGCCUUUACUCAAUAAUGGAGAGACAAAGGACAUGAAUGUUAUACAAUUUUAUACACCGUUUGGCGAGCAUGUGAGGACCCUGAAGAUACCAGGCAAAGAAGUGACAUGUUGCUCAUGGGAAAAAGCUUCUCUUAGAGUCGCCUUAUCUGUCGAUUCGCACAUAUAUUUCGCAAAUAUUCGUCUAGAUUACAAAUGGACUUAUUUUAGUAACACAGUUGUCUUUACAAACGAGAAGAUCAGCAAGGAUGGCAUCUGUGUGACUUUCUGGAACACGAGUAACAAUACAUGUUGCACCAAGAAUAUGCGAUCCUUGAUAUCGAUAGCCUCGCACGGGGAACACUGCGUGCUCUCUGUGAGAAAUGAUCCUGCUCAAGCCACCGAACAAUUCGCUUUGCUCGUUUGUAACACUAUCGCCACACCGAUAGAUUCUAAAUUCAUGGAUCUAGAACCGUUACAUCUUACUAUGACCGCCAACAUGGUCAUAGCUGCAUCUAAAAAUAAUUUCUUGGUAUGGCAUUUUCGCACGCCUCGUAAUUCAAUGUUACAGCCCAGCAGGAUGCGCAAAUACAAGAUCUAUCAUGUAGACGAAACACCGACCGGCGUGACAGAAGUUAUUCAGGAUUUAGACAAGGAUGGUACGUUCGAGACUCCUAUCAGCACGAAAGCUAGCAUGGAUCCAAUCUGUUGUAUUUACGCCACUGAGAAAGUUCUUUUAGUUGGCAGAGAAUCGGGAAUGAUCCAACGAUAUUCCCUGCCGCAAAUUACGCUCACGAACAGAUACAAUACGGCGCGUAAAUUGCACAGAAUUGCCAUUAAUUGCGAGUCUACGCGUGUCUCUAUCAUGGAUGCCAACGGUAUUCUCACCAUGUUGGAUCUGGAUCCGCAAAAUUCGUCCAAUUCGCAAGACGGAGACACGAGCGAAGAUAUAGCCAAGUUUGAGAGAAAAGACGUAUGGGACAUGCAUUGGGCGCAGGACAAUCCUGCGCUCUUGGCGAUUAUGGAGAAGACCAGGAUGUAUGUUUUGAGAGGACUGGACCCCGAAGAACCUAUAGCCUGUUCUGGAUACAUUUGUACAUUCCAAGAUUUGGAGAUACGUUGCGUUUUGUUAGACGAUCUCAUGUUGAAACCCGACGAGACGCAAAAAGAUAUGAUCGUCGAUUUAGAAGUAAAAUCUCUCAGAGACACGAGAGAAUUGCUGGCCAAGGUGGGUCUAAAGGAGGCCAACAAUUUCAUUCAAGAUAAUCCGCAUCCACGUCUGUGGCGUUUACUAGCCGAGUCCGCGUUGACGAAGCUUGACUUAGAAACGGCAGAAAACGCCAUGGUACGAUGCACAGAUUAUCUGGGCAUACAGUUUAUCAAACGUCUACAAAAUGUGCAUAAUGACCAGCUGAAGAAGGCCGAAGUAGCAGCGUUUCUUGGUAAUUAUGACGAGGCCGAGAAGCUGUAUUUGGACAUAGACAGAAGAGACUUGGCGAUUGCAUUGCGCCAAAAAUUAGGUGACUACUUCCGGGUUGUGCAGCUGAUGAAAAUGGGUAUCGGAGGUUCAGAUAAGCAGAUGGAGCACGCGUACAACAAGAUUGCAGACCAUUUUGCCGAAAGACAAAAUUGGGAGAGCGCGAAGGAAUACUACGAAAAAGGGAGAAAUCUGGAGAAGCUCAUUCAAUGCUAUUACAAAUUGGAAGAUUUCCAUCAAUUGGCAGCAACAGUGGACCAGUUACCGGACAAAAGUCCUAUUCUGAAAACCGUAGCAAGAAUGCUGGCUUCAGUGGGGAUGAGUUCGCAAGCAGUGGCAGCCUAUAUCAAAUAUGGCGAUGUGAAACUUGCCGUGGAUACAUGUGUGCGUCUGAAUCAUUGGGAUCAAGCCGUUGAUCUAGCGAAAACUUAUAAGAUGGCACAAAUUGGUGAGUUGCUAAACAAAUACGCUAAUCAUUUAUUAUCGAAUGGUAAACGUCUGCAGGCGAUCGAGCUGUACAAGAAAGCCAACUACAAUUUGGAAGCGGCUAAAUUAUUGUUUCGUCUUGCCGAGGAGCAAGCCAAAUCCAAGUCGUAUCCUUUGCGCGUCAAAAAGAUAUACGUUCUCGCAGCAUUGCUGAUUGAGGAUCAUAUCAACAGCGUUCCGGCGAUAAAAGGUGGUCGCAGUAACAUCGUUAUGGGUCUUACCGAAAGCAAUGAAGAUACUAAAAUCAUAGAAAAUGCUUGGCGAGGUGCUGAGGCAUAUCAUUUUCUUUUGCUGGCGCACAGACAGUUAUACGAUGGCAGUUUCGAUGCUGCGAUGAAGACGGCCCUACGAUUGAGAGAUUAUGAGGAUAUUUUAGAGGUAGAAGACAUUUACUGUCUAUUGGCGCUAUCAAGCGCCGUUAACCACGCAUUCGCCACCUGUUCGAAGGCCUUUAUCAAAUUGGAAGGACUUGAGACGAUCUCGGAAGCGAAAAAAGAAGAGUACGAAGAAUUGGCUGUGAAUAUCUUCAUGAAGCAUACUCCGAAAGACUCCCGCAAUAACAAAGCGGAAUGCGUCAAUUGCGAGACCCUGGUACCCGAUUGGUGCAUCGUGUGUCCUAAUUGCUCGACCAGGUUCCCGGCCUGCAUUGUAUCGGGCAAACCGCUGAUGGACCUUAGUAUUGCGUGGAUUUGCACUGUUUGCAGACAUCAUGUUGCGACGGAACGCGACGUAGUUAAUAUAAAUGCUUGCCCCUUAUGUCACAGCACUAUCACAUAUAUGUAAGUGAUGCUAGAAUUUUCAUCGAUACAUAUAUAUAUAUAUUUGUCAAAGCUGUUAUGUAUAUAUCUAAUUUUUAUCAAAAAAAUUUGCAAAACUAAUAUUUUAAUAAUUGUGCAAUGAGAAAAUGACAAAUUUUUUAUCUCGCGAUUUUGAAAUCAUAUUAAAUAAUAUUAAAUAUUAAAUAAUAUUAAAAAUUAAAUAUUAAAUAUUAAAUAAUAUUAAAAAUUUACUUAUAUAAUAUUUAGUUUAUAUAAUUUCUAAUAUAAUUGGAAUUUGCUUAUCAUCAUCAAAAGUACAUUAAUUGAUAUAAAUUAACUAUAAUAAAUAAUUUAAAUUAAGAAGUGUAACGAGAGAGAGAAAGAGAUAAAGUGCCUUUUUUAUUUUCGUGCCUUAAUCAAAUAAUGAAUGUUAACAAAAAUUACGAACAAAGUGCAUUUUUAAGGACAUAUUAACUUUUUUCAGUUUUGCACUAAUAUAUAUUUUUAAUGUCAUAUUAUAUAUCUAGUAAACGAGAUCUAUAUCAAUUUUUAAUGAAGAAUAUUUAUUUUAUUUAUAUUUUACUUAUAUUGAUGACCCACUGUAAAAACAAUAAAACAACAAAGAUUUUCAUUAACAUUGAAAAAAAAAUGGAUAGAUAAAAGUUUGAUGUAAUAAAAUUUUUAACUAUGGACAUUGCGAUGAAUUAUGGUCUAAUAAGAAUAUAAUUUUGAUAACUUUGUUAUUACUGACAUUAUGUAGCCAUAUGUGUAUUUGCUGUAGAACAUAAUUAUUGUUUAAAGGAAUGGAUCUGUUAGUUUUAUUAUACUAUUUGCAAUGUUAUGUAAGCGUGAAUAUAUUUUACUAUUAUCAUGGAAUUUUGAUAUCAUAAUUAUGCAGCUAUUUUUACUUUUAAGCUUGAUAACUAUAAGCUUUUUGAUAAUUGAUCUCUCGUCGUGUCGAAAUGUUACUAUUUUUUAAAAGUUACAAUAAGACAAAUAUUUA